AUGGGGAAACGAAUUACAGGCAAGAUGGCCAAGAAGAACAGAAGGAAGAGGAUGGAGAAGAAGUACAGAAGAAGAAGAGCGAGAAGAUUGCGUCAAGAAUCUGAAGUUCAUCAGCCUGAAGGUGAAUUGAACGAACCAGGAGAAGAAGGGGUUCAUGAACCUGAACCAGAUGAAGUUGAUGAUGAAGUUCAGCCUCAAUUUGAAUUCAAUGUCCCAGGAGAAGAAGGGGUUCAUGAACCUGAACCAGAUGAAGUUGAUGAUGAAGUUCAGCCUGAAGAUGCACCGAAUAACCAAGAAGAAGAAGGGGUUGAUCCCAAUGCUGACGUUCGCAAUAAAUUGAUCAAUAUCCCACAAGAAGAAGUGGUUGAUCUGAAUGCCCCAGAAGGAGGGGUUCAAGAAAAUGAUUCCGGCGAUGAUGAAAUGAAUGUCCCAGAAGAAGGGGUUCAAGAAAAUGAUUCCAGCCAUGAUGAACUGAAUGCCCCAGAAGAAGGGGUUCAAGAAAAUGAUUCCGGCAUUGAUGAAUUGAAUGUCCCAGGAGAAGGGGUUCAAGAAAAUGUUGCCGAUGGUGAUGAGCAGGAAAUGGAAGGAAAAGAAGAUGGGCAGGAGGAAAAUCCAGAAAAACCAGUAGAUGAAGUUGAACCGUCGGAAGGAAAUCAAGAACCAGUCGGAGCAGUUGAAGGAUCAUUAUCUCCGGCAAACCCAGAAGCAGAGCAAGAAGCCCAUCCAGUCAGAGAUGAAGAUUCUGCUAAAUCCUCUGAAGAUGCUUCUCAGGGAAAUUCUGGUGAUGGGCCCAAAGAAACAGAGGAUCUUGAUCGUCAGGAUGAUCUUGCUGAUCGGAAUCUAGGGAAGAGGCCAAUGAGAGAAGAAGAAGAAGGAGUUAAUCGUUCCGGUCAACACGAGUCGAAGGAUGAUAGGCGUAGAUUAGAAACUGCUGACAAAUUUGGGAUUGCUCCAGAGCAUCAUGUUGAUCAAUCUGGAAUGGUGAUCAGAACGGCGCCUAAUGACGAUGGGGAUGUUGAUCAAGAUGAUAUUGAUGAUGAUAUGGCAUCAGUGCCUUUUGAUGAUUUUGACACUGGCAACCCGUUAGGAGUUAGAACCUACCCGGUGCCUUCGAUCCAUGUUCAAGAUUAUUAUCUAUACACCAGAGGUGGUCGCGGUGACAAAGCUGAAUAUGUUUCUUCUUCUUCUUCGUCUUCUUCUGCUGCUGCUUUCAAAGAUGAUCUAUGCCACGACCCUGUUGAAUAUGAACGUCAAAUGGCAGAAGCUUCCCGCCGAUCAAUUCUAGAUACAGAACGCAAUCGUUCCCGGCAAAUUAUCGCUGAAGGCCGGAGAUCCCUGGCAGAUGAUCGUGGUGAUCAAGGAGGAGUAGUUCAUCAUCACCCUGAUCCUGAUGAUGGCCUGAACGCUGCUCAUUUGUUGCCUGCAGAUCUCCAUGCUGAAUCUGACAUCAGCACCACAGCUGAAGCUGCACCUUCUUCUUCCUCUUCUGUUAUGGAAGAUUCAGAUAUAGAACCAGUAUACGAUCGUGCCCGACAGUUUCUUGCCGGAGCCCGGAACUCCAUAGAAGAAAUGCUAGGCCGAUGGCCGGACAUUGAUGAGUCGCGAUUAAUGCAAGCUUCAUCGAGCAGUAAUCCUCCUGUUCAUCAAUCUGGUGAUGGUGAUCGCAAUGCCGAGGAGAUGCGUCAAAGAAAAGGAAAAGGGGUUUAUCAAUCUGAUCCUGAUGAUGCUACACCUGAUGAUGACUUGAGCGAUGAUGAGACCUUCAUGGAUUAUAAGGAAGAAAUUUUAGACAUGAUGGGUGUUCCUCCGGAGAAUCUUGCCGGAUUUGAUGCCGGAAUCCCAAUUGGAACUAAGAGCAACCCAUCACCACGAAUGAUGAAGAAGAUGAAGAUGAAGAACAAGGCCCCUGCUCCGAUUUAUGCUGACGAUUAUGUAAACCAGGGCGAGGAAGAUUUCGGAUUGCAAGAAGCAAUGCGUUUAUCAAUGCUAGAAUCACAAAACACCCGCCCAAGUUGUCAACAUGAUGCUACACCUGAUGAUGAUCAUGGUGAUCAAGGAGGAGGAGUAGUUCAUCAUCACCCUGAUCCUGAUGAUGGCCUGAACGCUGCUCAUUUGUUGCGUGCAGAGCUCCAUGCUGAAUUUGGCAUUACCACCACAGCUGAAGCUGGACCUUCUUCUUCCUCUUCUGCUAUGAGAGGUACUUCCACAUCUUUUGAUGAUAAGCGGCAAUGCUCUGUUUGUUUUGCUUGGAAACCCCGUCAGAACAUGAUGAACGGGUUAUGCGAGUGUUAUGCGUAUUUGUGCUUGGGGUGUCUGUCGAAAUGUUUGGAAAAGGCGAAAAAAGAUAAGGAAGUCCUUAACCUCCCUACAUGCGGAUUCUGCGGGCAAUACUUGAGGAUCUGGCCCUAUCAUCCGCCAACAUAUGUCCCAGGUACUUCCAGAUCUUAA